AUGGACCUUUCCAGACCCCGAUGCAGACAUUGGAGGGAGCUGGUUCUCCUAGCCAGUCUACUGGCCUGUGGGACCCGCCAAGCCUACAGUCAAAUCUCCAUAGACCCAGAAUCACUCUUAGGAAUCAAGGGAUUUCGGACAGUCCUGGUCCUCCAGAAUGUCACCCAGGAUGUUCAAGAAUACAGCUGGCACCGAGGCGCAAAUGACACUGCGGAAAAUAUGAUUGUCAGCUACAAACCUCCCUCCGAUACCUGGCAGUCUGGGCCCAUGUUCAGUGGACGGGAGAACGUGACCAGGACAGGUAGCCUGGUGAUCAGGAGGUCUGCAUUAAAUGACACAGGGAAUUAUACCGCGAGGGUGGACCUUGGCAACAGGACCGAGAAAGCAACAGGCUGCCUCAGUAUUCAAGAGUUGGAAAAGAAGCCGGACAUCUGGGCUAACGCCAGCUCUGUGGUAGAAUAUAUGGAUCCUGUGGCCGCCAUUUGCUACACCAAUGCCACCAAUGUCAACUGGUAUGUGGAGUACACACGGGUAUCCAGCAAUGACCGGAUGACAGUCUCCCCGGACCUCAAGACCCUCAUCAUCCACAGGGUCAGCCGCUAUGACAGAACACUUCAGUGUGAAACAGAAAGCAUUCCAGAGUUUCCUCGGAGAAGUGAACCUCUCUCUCUCUCCGUGGACUAUGGGCCAGACAAAGUGCAGCUGAGAACCAGUCACAUCAUCUUAAAUGGCAUCUUGUCUGCUAAGAUCGGCUCCGAAGUGCACAUGGAGUGUAACGCCAUUUCCCGACCCAGUCCCAAGUACCACUGGACCCACAACGGCUCCCUCGUGAGCCUCUCAGGGGCAAAAAUCAUCCUCCCAAGUCUGUCCUGGGAGCAGAUGGGCAGAUACAGAUGCAUCGUGGAGAACCCCAUGACUCAGCUGACCAUGUACAGGGAAUUUCAGAUCCAGGUGCAUAGAUCAGAGCACAGUCAUGUUGUGAACAGAGGCUUCUACAUCUCAGGAGCCAAAGUGGUGUGGCUCAUCGUGAUAACAGUCCUUAGCAGCAUCUAUCUCUGCGGAAUCCUGAUCUACAUCUUGAUCAGCCACCUCUCCACCAGGAGGCAGAGAGGGACUUGAAGAUGUUAUACUCAUGGCCUUGAAGACAGAGACCUGGGUCACGAACGGAGGGAUACAGAUGCUCCUGGAAAAAGCAAGAAAAUGCCUUUCUCCCCUGGAGCCUCCAGAAGGAACUCAGUCCUGCCUGCCAACGCCUUGGUUUUAACCCAGUGAAAACUUGUGGACUUGGAUUUGUGACCUCUGGAACUGUAAGAUGAUAAAUGUAUGCUGUUGGAAGCCACUAAAUGUGUGCUGGUUCAUGACAGCAGCAUGCUGUCCCCGCCCUUGAUGCUCUGCUGCUCCCCGCCCU